CACAGGACGGAGCGGGCUGGUUUAUUCAAAUCAGUGAAGCUUCCCUCUGCAGCAGCGAUCCGGCUCUGCUCCCCCUCGCUCCUGCAAGGAAAGUAGACACUGGCCCAAAGAACACUCCUCCCCUCCUUCCUCCGCAGAGCCGGAGCUUUCUCUCUCUUUAAACCAUGAUCUGGCUCCCAGUCCCGCUCGAUGCAUGUCUCCCUUCGUGAGGGCAGAUUUCUGAGCUUGUUCAUGACAUGACACAGUGCAGUGCAGGAUCGAAGUGGUCGCCUCUAACGCCACUGGAACACCGUUGCCCAGGACUCUUUUGCAGUGCUUUGAGUUUGGUCACAUGAAAUAUGCGAUGUUCGCAGGAGUGCCCGGUUUUUUUUCUGCUACACUUUGUUCUCAUUUUGGCAGCCGGCCACAAAGAGCUAUCCGACUCUGGCAGACUCCUCUCCCUCUUUGCAGAACAAGGUCAGUUGUCUCAGUCAGAGUCAGAGCUGUCCAUAGUCCACCCAGUGAAAACCACGGCUGAUGGAGAGUUCCUCUCCCACUCUCUGUCUCACCACUUCAAGGGUGGGCGAGUCAGGCGUGACCUGCGACCCCUUGGUUUGGAGGGACAGGUUUACUACAAGGUCAACUACAAAGGUCGCCCUUUAAUGUUCAAUUUGACUGCAAACAAUCACCUGGUUUCAAGUGACUACAUCCUGGAGAGGAGGAACGGCAGUGCCAACAGGACUGAGCAUCGUCUCUCCGAGGGGAAUUCCUGCCACCUCCUUGGCACCGUGGAAGCUUCUGAUGUGCGAGGAACUGCUGCCGUCAGCACCUGUAAAGGACUGAGAGGCUUCUUCUCCCUGCCAGAGGGACACUAUUUUAUUGAACCUGUCCAGAAAUCUCCUGAUGAUCCUGCAGGGACUCCAGAGCCCCACAUUGUCUAUCCAAGAGUUACUACAGAAAGUCACAGAAAAAAACGCAGUCUUGAUUCCAAAGAGACACCCAGCCCCUGUGGAGUUCAAGAUGCCCCAAGUGACUCAGUCCAGGUAGAGAGGGAGAGGGAGAAAUGGGAGAGGGAGCAUCAGAGGGGGGAGGAUCAGGCUCAGUCUCGCUCGCAGCGCUCUGUCAGCAGAGAGCGGUGGGUGGAGACCAUGGUGGUGGCUGACUCCAAACUCAUAGAAUACCACGGCAGCGAUAAUGUGGAGUCCUACAUCUUCACCAUCAUGAACAUGGUGGCUGGGAUCUUUCAUGAUGCCAGUAUUGGGAAUGCCAUCCACGUCAUCUUGGUUCGCCUCAUCCUACUACAGGGAGAAGAGAAAGGGCUGAAGAUUGUUCACCAUGCAGACACCACUUUGGCCAGUUUCUGUGCUUGGCAGAAAAACCUCAAUCCCCAGAGUGACACACACCCAGCCCAUCAUGAUGUGGCUGUGUUGGUCACCAGGAAAGACAUCUGUGCUGGAAUGAACCAGCCCUGUGAGACCCUGGGUCUGUCUCAUCUGUCUGGGAUGUGCCAACCACACCGCAGCUGCAACAUCAAUGAGGAUUCAGGACUACCUGUCGCCUUCACCAUUGCUCAUGAGAUGGGCCACAGCUUUGGAAUUCAUCACGAUGGCCAGGGGAAUGACUGUGAGCUGGAAGGGAGGCACCCAUUCAUCAUGUCCAGACAGCUGAUGUAUGACAGCUCGCCUCUCACUUGGUCUUCCUGCUCCAAAGAAUACAUUACACGCUUCCUCGAUCGUGGCUGGGGUUUCUGCCUGGAUGACCGUCCUUCCAAGAGGGAUCUAACCACCCCACUGGCUCGCCUCGGUGUCCGCUACACCACGCACCACCAGUGCCAGCUCCAGUAUGGCCCAAAUGCUACCUUCUGCCAUGAGGUUGAUAACAUUUGCCAGAUUCUUUGGUGUUCAGUGAAUGGCUCCUGUCGCUCCAAACUGGACUCACCUAUAGAUGGUACUCGCUGUGGACCAGAGAAGUGGUGUAUCUCAGGAGAGUGUGUGAUUGUGGGUAAACUCCCAGAGACGGUGAAUGGAGGCUGGGGACAGUGGAGUACCUGGUCUCACUGCUCCAGGACCUGUGGAACUGGAGUUCAGUCAGCAGAGAGGGAAUGUAACAACCCUACACCAGAGUUCGGCGGCAAGUACUGCACUGGGGAAAGAAAACGUUAUCGGACCUGUAACACAAAACCCUGUCAGAAGAAUAAACCAACCUUUCGAGAGAUGCUGUGCAGCGAGUUUGACACUGUGCCCUACCACAAUGAGCUCUACCAGUGGAUUCCUGUGGCUAACCCAUUACAUCCCUGUGAGCUGCACUGUCGACCAGUCAAUGAGUAUUUUUCAGAGAAGAUGCUUGACGCUGUGACAGACGGAACACCGUGCUUCAUGAACAACAAGUCCAGAAACAUCUGCGUCAACGGAGUGUGCAAGGACAUAGGUUGUGACUACGGCAUUGACUCAAACGCAGUGGAGGAUCAUUGUGGAGUCUGUUUGGGCGAUGGCACAAGCUGUGAGACGAUCUACAAGUCGUUUGAUAAAGGCGAAGGCUUUGGGUACGUGGACGUGGGUGUGAUACCUGAGGGGGCACGGGACAUCCUGGUAAAGGAAGUAGAGGAGGCAGGUAACUUCCUGGCUCUGAGGAGCGAGGCGUCGGAGGAGUACUUCCUCAACGGCAACUUUAUCAUCCAGUGGAAUGGGGAGUAUGAGGCCGGCGGGACGACGUUCUACUACGAACGCAGCGGGAACAUGGAGAACCUCACCGCUCCUGGACCCACCAAACAGCCAGUCAUGCUCCAGUUGCUGUUUCAGGAGAAGAACCCUGGUAUAAAGUUCGAGUACACCAUCAAGAAGACCAAAGAGACAGGAAACGAGAUCAUCGAACCCAUUUACAGGUGGAGAUACGGGGCAUGGACAGACUGUAGCACUACCUGUGGCUUAGGUGAGCAGCACCAGCCUGUACGGUGUUUUGAGAUGGAUGUGGGUGUAGUGGAUGAGUCUCUGUGUGACCCAGAAAGCCGUCCAGAAGACAGACACAGAAAAUGCAAAACUAUGGAUUGUCCUGCAAGGUGGUGGGUGGGUGGCUGGCAGCAGUGUACAGCCACCUGUGGAUCAGAAGGGGUACGGAAGCGAACAGUGCUCUGUGUUCGUACAGUGUCAGGGGAGGAAAGGGUGCUCCACCCUGUCGAGUGCAAGCAUCUCCUUAAACCCAAACCUGUGGUGCCGUGCAACAGAGAUGUACACUGUGGACAGGACUGGGCUGUCGGCCACUGGGAAGAGUGUCCAGUCACAUGUGGAGGAGGUGUUCGCUCACGUACAGUCACGUGUGGACUAGCACCCAAGAAGACCUGCGACCUUUCAACCAAACCUCGGUCCAGAUCGCUGUGUGCCCUACAGAGCUGCCCUAAUUCAAGUCUUCGUAGACGACCCGGGCCUCCUCCUAAAUACCGCCGCAUCUACCCACCUAAGAGCCACCCCAACAAGCAUCCUGGUACAACUACCUGGACUCCCACGAGCACCACUGCCACAGCUACAUCCACAGGUGCUAUCACUGUGAGGAAGAAAACAACCACCAAAGAAACUACAACUGCUUUCAUCCCUACCAUUACAUUCCUUUCAACCCCUGAAACCUCAAUUCCUGAAAUCAUAGACACAGAUGAUUAUGAGUUUAAUGUAAAAGUGAGGAAAAAUGAUGAUAAGAGAGGGAAAGUUUUCCCAUCUAAAGCCAGUUCUGCUGAAAAGGACAGAAAAGCAAGUGUGGAAAAGGAAAAGGUAGAAGAGGGGGAGGAGGGAGAGGAGGGAAGUACGCCAAAUGUGGUGAUGUAUACUCCAGGAUAUGAUUAUGUUUUUGAGGAUAGGACAACAAAGGAGGAGGGGAUUAUUGACCUGGAUGUUACCACAUCUACAUCACUCAAAAAUCUUCUUAAAUCAACCACACCAACACCACAUAUACUCAUCACACCCACUUUACAAACAAGUCCACCUACCAUGCAGACAACCAAAGCUUCCACCACCACCACCACCACCACCUACUCCACCCCACACACCAGUAUUGAAACAUGGGCAAAGACCACUCACCACUAUCCCUUCUCCAACCCCCACACCACCCCUCGUAUCAAUCCAUACAGCCACUGGACACACAGGGUUCCCCUCACCACUCCCAUGUACAAGGACCACUCAGUCCCAUCGAAUGCUGGCUUCCACACAACACAAGCUCCCUCCACAACUGCAAGAAAACCAUUCACCACUGCAGUAUCACCCCAGCCCACAGUGAAGAUUAUUAAACUUAAGAAGCCUGCUGUGACACCCAAGAAAAACAGUUCUGUCUCUCGUGCUAAAAAGCCCUCUUCCUGGUCCAAAGGCAUUCGCUCCAAGAGCCAAAACCAGCAACCAGAAAGUCCCAUGAGCAGCUCCAACAGUGACCAAAGCAACCUGAUGGCCAGAGAUCCAGUCAGCAUGGCUAUGUUCUGGGUUGUAGGAAACUGGAGCGAGUGUUCAACAACAUGUGGGAUUGGAGCAAUAUGGAGGACAGUAGUGUGCAGCUCCCAGAAUGAUAAGGACUGUGCCAACAUGAAGAGACCUGAGCCUGCCCGUACAUGUCACCUGCAGCCCUGUGCCAACUGGCAAAGUGGCAGCUGGAGCAAGUGUCCAGAUAACUGUGCAGUGGUGGGAAGGAGGUACCGUGAUGUCCAGUGUGUCGAUUCUCAGAGUAAACGUCCCCUCAGACCUUUCCAUUGUCAAGCUGCGUCCAGCAGACCCCCCAGCACCUUGACUUGCCCCCACAAGCCCUGUAUGACCUGGAGUAUAUCACCAUGGGGACCGUGCUCCGGCGGCUGUGGCGAAGGCAUCAGGGAGCGGCUGGUGUACUGCCCUGCGCCUCAUCGCUGUAGCACCGCACUGAGGCCAAACAGCACAGAGCCGUGCAGUCUAAAGCCCUGCACUCGUUGGAAGACUGAGGACUGGGAGGAGUGCUCUGUAAGUUGUGGUGGAGGUCAGCAGCAGCGUGAAGUCAACUGUGUGAGUGAGCAGGAUUUGGCUGUAAUGCCAAACAGCCUCUGUGAGAAGAGUUCCGUACCAGAAACACUCAGGAAGUGCAACAUGCAGGAAUGCAAGACCAACACAGGUCCAGUUUGCAGGAAGAACACCAUGUCCUCUCGCUUCUGUGACAAACUGAAGCUGUUGGGUCGCUGCUCUCUCAGGUCGGUCCAAAGACAGUGUUGUGUCACCUGUGGGUCAUAGCCAGGGUUACACACCCAUAUACUGUAUAUCACAACGGACACAUUCUAACUACAGUAAUGCUUACUGUAUCCUCAUGCAAUACUGGCAUAAAGCCACGCCAUCCACAGACUGUAACGUCCAAACCAAAGUGCUAACAACCACCACAACAAGUACAUCUUAAUCAGUACUAGCAAACCUGGGUCGACUAAGAUUAUGUUUGUAUUGUGUGUAUUUUUUUUUAACCUAUUUAGGUCUUGUAACUUUUUCCAAUGAAAAUUUUUGCUAGGAAGAGAACAAACCAAAACACUGAUGACAAAUACACAUUUGGACUGUUACAAAUGUUAGAGCUUAAUGCUCAUCGAGUCAUGUUGAGGUGUGCAGAAAUGAUUAUGAGAAUUAAAAUAUUUCUUUUAAUAUAAAAGCGUAAAAUGGAUGUGAUUUAACUGGUGCAAAGUAGAGUAAUUCAGUCAAAACAUACUAAACAAAAAACAUGAACAAAGUAAAAUUAAUAAUUAAUAAUCAAAAAAAUUAAAUAAAUCAAGAAGCACAAUUCAAAAGUUACAAAAGCUCAAGCCAGUACAAGAGCUACUUCUAUAUUAUAACACAAGGUACAGUAUUCACCUUCUGUAUUCUUAAAAAAAAAUUCAGUUAUGAUCUACAGUACAUCAUUUUCUAGGCCAAAGGUGCUUUUGUAAACAAGGUGUUGAUGAUUCACAGCUUAACCAUCAAGUUACCAGUUAUAUUUUUAUUUCAAAGGGAACUGGUAAAAACAGAAUGUAAAUAAAGAUUUGUAGUGACCUCUUUAUUAAAUUGUUAAUAGUAAUGAUAAUCUCUAUGUUUUUUACCCAUAUAUUUUGCUUUUUUCUGCUUAUCUUUUGGUUUUGUUCUCAGAGCUGGCACUGUGUGUUUACAUUUCUGGGUACAAGUUCCUGCUUUGGUCAUUUUUGUCACGAUUGUCAAUGAUAAUUAAAUCAGCUGCAGAACCUGCACAGUUCUGCAGUCGAACCUGUGGUGCUCCUCUUCUGGUGUGAGAUUGACCAAUGAGAAAGAGGUGUUGCAGGUCAUCCCUCUCAGGUCCCUCUAAAGAUGGCCGCUGUGUUUGUAUGAUGUACAGGUUUUACCAAUGUCAUGCAUAUGGUACAUCACCUUGACUGAUUUGUACUUCACAUGUCUCUAAAUGUGACGAUAAAAGAUGCUUGUGACAAAACUGCUUUUUAACUGAGACAUUAAAUAAAAUUUUCGUUGAAUAUU